AUGAAGAAUCUCCUUUGGUUGACCCUGACCACUCCAGUGUGCAAACAUUGCGUCGGACCAUCCGCCGUGGAGCGGGCCAACAUCCGAACGUUCACCGGCUCCCUCAGCCUACUACUGGGCACUCGUCAAAGCCAUCACACCUCAGAGCAGGCAACGAGGCCCGAGUCAGAUGGCUUUCACUCUUUUGCCUCUCCUGCGGGAAGUGACAGCCUCUUUGGGUCCGUGGAGGGUGGGAAGCCUCAUGCAGCGGUUUGGUGCCCUGUUGGCACGCAUUUGGGCUUGUGUGGUGUGAGUGCUGCCCCGGAAAAGGCCUUCUGCUCUUUCUGUGUGGCUAUCUCCUCCAGUGUGGCAAUCUGUAGUGAAAGGCUGCGUGAGCCCGUUGUGCUUCUCAGCCAUUAUUUGUGGCGGGACCGAGCUGCACCUCCCGCGGCAGUUUGGAGACUGCCAAUAGGCCACUACACGAAUUCAAAGAGCCGUUUCCACCGGCGCAACUCCUCCUGCCUCCGCUGCUCUGGAUUUACCUCACAGGCCAGGGUCGCUCCAGCUGUGGACACUGCCCAAUUUUUGCCCUGCUGUCUUCUGCUGCGCUACUUCUACCAAACCCAACGACUGACUUGGGACCAGGCUCAGCUGAACUGCAGGGAGCACUACACCGACCUGGCCGUCUUUGAGAGCCAGGAGGACGUGGAUGGACUCCAGAGACCCCCUGGUGUGGUGGGAGCGGCCUGGAUCGGGCUCAGAGAGGACCCAUCGACCUGGAAACACAUGGGGAACGAGAGCACGUCUUGGAGGUGGUCGGCCACAGAGGAGACCAGCCAGGGAAACUUCUCCAUGUGGGCAAGUCACGAGCCGAAUAACAUGAAUGGAGAGUUCUGCGUCUUCAGCUAUUUAGGGUUCUGGUAUGACUAUGAAUGUGAGCUUGGACGACCUUCUGUUUGCUUCUCUGGUGUUGCUGAAAACACUACGUACACAUACAACCCGACGCACAUGACUUGGAGUGCGGCCCAAGCCCACUGCCGGCUGCACCACACUGACCUGGCCUCCAUCGAGAGCGCCGAGGUUAGCGCUGCUCUCAGGACUGUGCUGCCGAACGCAGCAACAGUGUGGAUCGGACUCUACCGGAUCCCCUUCACCUGGUCCAAUAGCAACCCUAGCACUUUCCGUAACUGGGGACCUAUGUUGCCGGAUAAUGUCUUCGGCAUCGAAUUCUGCGGUGCCGAAAAGGACGUUGGCCUGUGGGACGAUUAUUCCUGCAGCUCGACUCUGCUAUCGAUUUGUUACAGUCCGGACUGGAAGACAAGAAAAACCAUCCUGAAGCAGAAGCUGAGCUCUGCCGCUGAUCUGAGCAGACCAGAAGUCCUGCAGCAGCUGCAGCAGCAGCUCACAGAGAUCCUGGGCCUGAACAGGACAGAUGUACGGCUGCAGCUGAAGAUUGAGGCCCUGAUGCCAAUACCAGGAAGUCACCUCCAUUCAUAA